AUGAGCUUCAGAUUUGUCCAGCGGUUUAUGCUUGGAGUUACAGCUGCCUCUGCUGGAUUCUACAGCUGCUGCUUUGUCGUAUAUCCUGGUGAAGCUGCCAUUCUCUACAAUAGGAUCACUGGUCUGAAGGACUCCGUGUAUGGCGAGGGUUUGCAGUGCCGUAUCUUAGGGCUCGAUGAAAUCAAGGUAUUUAAUAUUCGCAUUCGGCCUCGUGUGCUGAAGACCAUGACCGGCACAAAAGAUCUUCAGAUGGUGAACAUAAGUCUUCGUGUACUCUUCCGUCCGCAGACGGAUCGGUUGCCACAGAUAUACCGUGAGUUCGGCAUGGAUUAUGACGAACGUAUUCUUCCUUCUAUCAGCAACGAAAUUCUCAAAGCAGUUGUGGCCGAGUACAAGGCCGAGGAACUGAUUCAGAAGCGCGACGUCGUGUCCGCGCGCAUAUACCAGCUGAUGCAGAGCAAAGUAUCACAAUUCGGCCUUGUACUGGAAGACUUAUCGCUUGUGGAUAUUCAGUUCGGUAAGGAAUUCAUGGUGGCUGUAGAGCAGAAACAGGUUGCACAGCAGGAGGCAGAGAGAUUCCGUUACGUUGUGCUAGAGAAUGAGCAAAAGAGGCGUGCCGCUGUUGUUCGCGCCGAAGGUGAGGCGGAGUCUGCCCGCCUGAUCUCGGAAGCCAUUCAACGCUCGGGAGGGGGACUGUUGGAGCUGCGAAGAAUUGAAGCGGCUGUGGACAUAGCAUCAAAGCUCAUACCAAUGCGAAACGUAACCUUCCUUCCAGGGGGGAGUAAUAUGCUUCUCCACAUGAAGAGCCAUCAGGCAUCUGAGCAGGCACAUUGA